AUGCGUCAGAACAGAAGGUGUCCUUGUCUCCAUAAAAUUUGGCCUGGCCAAUUACACUUUGUGACCCCAUGUUUUUGCUACCCCGGCACCUGUGAUGAAACCACACGACCGUCUUGGAAGCGCUACUCUUCUAUCCCGAAAGAAUUCACAUGUGUCCAUAAAGCACUGAAAGCCCUUAGCAAAUCAGAUGCCUUGAUUUCAGCCAAUGCAAUUUUCUACCAACCAGCACUCAAGUUGGACAGUGAAUUUCGCAAUCUGACAUGGGAGUACUAUCAAACCAAGAUGUCACCUCUUAAUAACAACAGCAAUCAGGCUAUCCUUGACAUCAAUGCCUGGGUGAGCAAACACACUGGCAACAAGAUCAAGAAGCUCUUGGAGCACCUGGAGCCAGAUGUUCAAAUGAUGCUUCUCAAUGCUGUUUACUUCCAAGCCAAAUGGAAGACUCUGUUUAAACAGAAAAAUACAAAGUUGGAAGAUUUCUACCGCCCAGGCCUCCCUACCAUCAGGGUGCCCAUGCUGAUGAGCAAGAAAUAUCCAGUGGCUUCCUACUUUGACAGCAUUCUGCAAGCUAAGGUGGGUCGAUUUCAGCUAUCCCACAACAUGAGUCUGGUUAUUAUUGUGCCUCGAUCCCUAUCUCAGAGCCUCUCAGAGGUGGAAGAGCGUCUCAGUGCAGAUGUCUUCAAGUCAGUGAUGACCAAGCUGGAAAGUAUCACUUUCAAACCCACUAUCGUGUCUCUGCCCAAAUUUAAGGUGGAGUCUUCCCAGGACCUCAUGGAAAUAAUUGGAGGAAUGGAUUAUGGGUUUUUCUUUGAUGCCAGUCUGUGUGGGAUCUCUCCAGAUACAGAGCUGGUAAUCUCCAGUGCCCAACACAAGGCUGUGGUGCAAAUCAGUGAGGAAGGAGUGGAGGCUGCUGCCAUCUCAGGUGCCUCCUUGGCACGCUCUGCCAAUUUCUUUGAAGUCCAGCAGCCCUUCUUGUUCUCAUUAUCAAUGGAUGGAAAGGCCCCAGUCUUCCUAGGGCGCAUCACUGAUCCACAGACACAAUAACGUGUUCCUCCUUGCUCCUGUGCCACUUUCCAACAGUGGGAUGAAGAUACUCUUUGGGCUCAGCCUGUACUUUGUAUGCAUGACACUUUAUGAAGUAGUUAAUGCAAGAAAUAAGGGAACAAUAUGUUCCCUUAUUUCUUCUUCCUUGUUAUCUCUUUACAUUAUUCUUUUACUCAUUCACUCACUUCUAUCCCUCUCUAACACUCAUAGUCCCCUGGUUUCUUUCUUCGAACUUUUUGACCAUUUACAACUACAGCCCUAGAAUGGACUCAUGUUUUCUCACUGAUGCCAUGUACAAAAUAGGGUGGAUAUUUUUUUUAAAAAUACUCCAUCUGUCAAGCGCUUCUUGUCCUUUUCCUAUGUAACUGCUAUAACAACCAGUUCAGGUUUCCAUUUUCCUCUACCUUCGGGAAGAAUAAAGUAUGACUACAUUGGC